AUGGCUGGCAACGGCUCCUCGCCCUCUUCCGAACCUAAGUCAGGUGCUUCGGAUGGAGUUUCGGCAGGAGGCCCAGAGGGAGGUUCCGAGGGUGGUUCGGAAGGCGGUGCGGCGGAUGGUUCAGAAGCAGGUGCUAGGGCAGGAAGGGAUGGUUCGGCAGGCGAAGAUAGUGGUGCGAGCAGGGAUGGCUCGGCAUUAGGCUCGAGAGGCUCGGCAACCGCCGCAGCAACUGGUGAUGGUGCUGAUGGUGGUGAUGGUGAUGUUGAUGCUGGUGCUGAUGUUGAUGCUGGUGCUGAGAAUGCUGAUGGUGCUGACGAUGCUGGUGGUGAUGGUGAUGCUGAUGGUUCUGGCUGUGACAAUGCUGGUGGUGAUGGUGCUGGUUGUUGUGACAAUGCUGGAGGUAAGGAUGAUGGUGAUGAUACUGCUGGUGACGAUGGUGGUGGUGGGAAUUCUGGUGAUGAUGGUGGUGAUACUGCUGGUGAUGAUGGUGAUGGUGCCGCUGGUGUUGAUGCUGACGCUGAUGCUGGCACUUGGACCCUGUCCCAGCUGACUCUGUCGACCCGCUUGACCCUGUCCCAGUUGACCCUGUCCUAA